UCUGUAUAAUUCUCUCUCUAUCAUCAUUUUUGAAGUUAGUAGCAGCUGAAACACAAAGACAAGAUUUUGGUGAAAAAAAUGGGUCUCAAAGUCUAUGUGGAUCGAAUGUCUCAACCUUCUCGGGCUAUUCUCAUCUUCUGCAAGGCAAAUGGAAUUGAUUUUGAAGAAAUCAGAGUAGAUUUAGGGAAACGUCAGCAAAAAUUGCCUGAAUUCGUAGCAAUAAAUCCUCUGGGACAAGUUCCAGCGAUAACUGAUGGAAGAUUCAAGCUUUUUGAGAGUCAUGCGAUUUUGAUCUACCUAACUUGGGCGUUCCCAGGAGUUGCAGAUCACUGGUAUCCGAAUGAUCUGUCUAAAAGGUCUAAGAUUCACUCAGUCUUGGAUUGGCAUCAUUCUAAUUUACGUCGUGGUGCAGCUCCCUUUGUUCUACAUACCGUACUAGGAUCUGCAUUAGGCAUUCCUAUGAAUCCGCAAGCAGCUGCCGAAGCUGAGAAAGUGUUGACCUCUUCCCUAUCAAAACUUGAAUCUGUUUGGCUCACCGGAAAAGGAAAGUUCUUAUUGGGUAGUUUCCAACCAUCUAUUGCGGAUCUUAGCCUUGUUUGUGAAAUCAUGCAGCUUGAGCUUUUGCAUGAGAAAGAUCGCAUACGACUAUUAAGUCCAUUCAAAAAAGUAUUGAAGUGGAUCGAGGAUACAAGAACUGCAACAAGUCCUCACUUCGAGGAAGUGCAUAAAAUCUUAUUCAGAGCAAAAUCAAAAUUCCACAAACUGCCAAUUGAAGCAAACUAUGAGUCCAUGUCAAGUAUGAAGGCCAUGUUACCAUCAAAGUUGUAGGAUCUAAUGUUCUCACAUGUAGCUUCUUCGUAAAUUCUGUAAGGUAUACCAUGUUUACCGGUUUCCGAACAUGGAACAUCAUACAUAUGAUCUGAACAAGUAAUAUGAAUUUGAGGUUUCAAAUAAUGUUUCAGUUUUAUUUUACUUUUUCA